AUGGCUACCCCCAAACCCACAUACUUCCUCACCCCACCGCGCCCAAGUCCUCCCGAUGGCCCCAUCCGCCUCGGCGCCAUCAUCCCCUCCCCCUCCCAACCCGACGAACCCCUGCACCUGCCCUCCCUCCCUUCCCAAACUGACACGAGCACCUUCACCGAACACAACUGGAGCGGCACAUUCAGUAAAUCAACAUCCACCACCUUCGGCAUCUGGACCUCCUUUCUCGAAUGCGUCCUCGGUAUCGGCGCAGACAUAAGCAUCAGCAACGACAAAUCCACGCAGCAAACUUGGAAAGUUGAAAAAAUGACGACGCAGACUUUUCGGCCCAGUCGCAGCUUCCUGGAAGACGUGGUACGACAUGAAGAUGUUAGGGAUUACAUCACGCAGCACCGGUUUAGAGAGAAAAUCUACAUCAUCACGGGUGUUAUGAUAGCGUCAUCAACAACUCUUUCUAGGGAACGGCUCCAGGAAAAGGGCGUUUACGUGCAUGCUGGUGUGGAUGCAACGGCGUGGUCUGGCGUACCGAUUUCGGUGGGACCGGAAGGGAACUGGAAGCGGAAGAGCGAGACGAGCGAGCAGAGUACGAGGGCGGAGGACUUUGUUUUUGCGUAUAGGAUCCGUGAGGUUAAAGUGAGGAGGAAGGGAGGGGUCAAAUCGGAUAGGCUGUUUGAUAAGGGUGCGUUGUUUGAUACGCAGGUUAGGAGGAAGGUUGAGGAUAAGGGGGAGGUGAUGGUGGAUGGCUUGGGGGAGGAGCCGGAUGUUGAUGAUGUGGAGUUGGAGAGUAGGGAGGUUAGGCAGAGGGUUGGGGAUGAGGAGGAAGAGGAGGAUGUUGUUUGUGUUCUGCCGGAACCGCUGGACUGAGUACGUCGGCGUGUAUGAUAUGUAAGCGCAAAUAAAGGAACAAGGAAACAGCUCACAGCACGCACGGUAAUACAAAGUAGACUGGGAUUGUCUAGUAUUGCCGAAGCUAAAAGGCAUCAUUGCUACACGAUCGUACAUGAACCGCCACCUCCUCUCUCUGUCCUGUCCGGACUAUUCCGCACGCGACAUCUGCUCCUUUCGUCAUUGCAGAAGGUCGCUGGUAUAAGCUCCCGAAAUGCAUGCAAGUCUCUCAAGCGGUGGUAUCCUCAAUGCCCCAACCAGUGUUUUACGCCGUAGAUAGAUGGUCAUGAAAUGUAGCCUCCCCCAAACGCCUCGCGCUAAGUUUCCUUGACAAAU